AUGACUUUGCUUUUGCACCAGUUUGGGGAUCUUAGGGCACUUGAUGACAUACCGUCAGUUCUGCUUCUGAAUAAGCUUUUCUGUCUUUGCCAGUUGCACACUAAUUCAUCAUAUUCCCAGCUUCUGGCAGCUACUUGCCUUACAAAGCUUGUAUCACGCACAAACAAUCCUCUACCACUGGAACAACGCAUCGACAUCCGAACUUAUGUCCUGAACUACCUUGCAACAAGGCCGAAGCUUGCCACCUUCGUAACUCAAGCACUAAUUCAGCUGUACACUCGCAUUACAAAACUAGGCUGGUUUGACUGCCAGAAAGAUGAAUAUAUCUUCAGAAAUGCCAUUUCCGAUGUAACAAGAUUCUUGCAGGACAGUGUAGAGCACUGCAUAAUAGGAGUGACCAUUCUUUCUCAAUUAACCAAUGAAAUCAAUCAGGCUGACACAACCCAUCCAUUGACAAAACAUCGAAAAAUUGCAUCCUCAUUCCGAGAUUCUUCUUUGUUUGAUAUAUUUACUCUCUCCUGUAACUUACUGAAGCAGGCUUCAGGGAAGAACUUGAAUCUGAAUGAUGAAAACCAACAUGGCCUGCUUAUGCAGCUCCUGAAACUCACUCACAACUGCCUCAACUUUGACUUUAUUGGAACCUCCACAGAUGAGUCCUCUGAUGACCUUUGUACUGUACAAAUUCCUACCAGCUGGAGGUCUGCUUUUUUGGAUUCUUCAACUCUUCAGCUAUUUUUUGACUUGUAUCGUAACAUUCCUCCUUCUUUGUCGCCUCUGGUCUUAUCCUGCUUAGUACAAAUUGCAUCUGUUCGCAGAUCACUGUUUAACAAUGCAGAGAGAGCAAAAUUCCUGUCACAUUUAGUAGACGGAGUUAAGCGGAUAUUGGAAAAUCCCCAGAGUCUUGCAGAUCUGAACAAUUAUCAUGAAUUCUGCAGGCUUUUGGCACGUUUGAAGAGUAAUUAUCAACUGGGAGAAUUGGUUAAGGUGGAAAACUACCCUGAAGUCAUCCGAUUAAUAGCGAACUUCACUGUAACAAGUCUCCAGCACUGGGAAUUUGCCCCCAACAGUGUGCACUACCUCCUGAGCCUAUGGCAGCGGCUGGCCGCCUCAGUUCCAUAUGUAAAGGCAACGGAGCCUCACUUACUGGAGACAUAUACACCUGAAGUUACAAAAGCAUAUGUUACAUCAAGACUGGAAUCUGUUCAUAUAAUCCUAAGAGAUGGCUUAGAGGAUCCCUUGGAAGACACUGGACUUGUUCAGCAGCAGCUAGAGCAACUCUCUACUAUUGGUCGCUGUGAGUAUGAGAAGACCUGUGCCCUCCUAGUGCAGCUGUUCGAUCAGUCAGCACAGUCUUACCAAGAAUUACUUCAGACAGCCAAUGCCAUUGCUAUGGACCUUGCAGUGCAGGAGGGUCGCCUGACAUGGUUGGUGUACAUUAUAGGAGCCGUAAUUGGUGGGAGAGUGUCCUUUGCCAGCACAGAUGAACAGGAUGCUAUGGAUGGUGAGCUGGUCUGUCGAGUUUUACAGCUGAUGAACUUGACCGAUUCACGCUUACCUCAGACUGGGAAUGAAAAGCUGGAAUUAGCCAUGCUGAGUUUCUUUGAGCAGUUCAGAAAGAUUUAUAUUGGAGACCAGGUGCAGAAGUCCUCCAAGCUGUAUCGACGUCUGUCUGAAGUUCUGGGUUUGAAUGAUGAGACCAUGGUGCUAAGUGUUUUCAUAGGAAAAAUCAUAACAAACCUGAAGUACUGGGGAAGACGUGAGCCAAUUACUUCGAAGACAUUGCAGCUUCUCAACGACUUAUCUAUUGGAUACAGCAGUGUCAGGAAGCUUGUAAAACUCACUGCCGUUCAGUUCAUGUUGAACAAUCACACAAGCGAGCACUUUUCCUUUCUGGGAAUCAACAAUCAGUCCAAUCUUACAGACAUGAGAUGUCGAACUACCUUCUACACAGCACUUGGACGACUUCUCAUGGUGGAUUUAGGGGAGGAUGAAGAUCAGUUUGAACAGUUCAUGCUGCCCCUCACUGCAGCCUUCGAGACUGUGGCACAGUUGUUCAGCACAAGCACUUUCAAUGAGCAAGAGGCAAAAAGAACACUGGUGGGUCUGGUCAGAGACCUGAGAGGGAUAGCAUUUGCAUUCAAUGCCAAGACCAGUUUCAUGAUGCUGUUUGAGUGGAUUUACCCUUCCUACCUGCCAAUAUUACAGCGAGCCGUUGAAUUGUGGUAUCAUGAUCCAGCUUGUACUACACCUGUCCUCAAGCUAAUGGCUGAACUGGUUCACAACAGGUCUCAACGAUUACAGUUUGAUGUGUCGUCUCCUAAUGGAAUCUUGCUCUUCCGAGAAACCAGUAAAAUGAUAACAACGUAUGGUAAUCACAUCCUGACCCUAGGUGAACUCCCAAAGGAUCAGGUUUAUGCACUAAAACUAAAGGGAAUUUCUAUUUGCUUUUCUAUGCUGAAGGCAGCGCUUAGUGGAAAUUAUGUCAACUUUGGUGUCUUCCGUCUCUAUGGUGAUGAUGCACUAGACAAUGCAUUACAGACGUUCAUUAAGCUUCUGCUUUCCAUCCCACAUUCUGACUUGCUGGACUAUCCUAAGCUCAGCCAGUCGUACUAUUCGCUGUUGGAGGUUCUUACCCAGGAUCACAUGAGCUUCAUUGCCAGCUUGGAGCCUCAAGUUAUCAUGUACAUUCUCUCUUCCAUUUCAGAAGGACUCACUGCAAUAGACACAAUGGUGUGUACAGGUUGCUGUUCCAGUUUAGACCAUAUUGUGACGUACCUCUUCAAACAGCUGUCACGUAGCACAAAGAAGCGAGCCACACCCUUGAGCCAGGAAAGUGAUCGAUUCCUGCACAUAAUGCAGCAACAUCCAGAGAUGAUUCAACAGAUGCUGUCCACUGUCCUGAACAUAAUAAUUUUUGAAGACUGUAGGAACCAGUGGUCAAUGUCUCGUCCUUUGCUUGGUCUCAUUUUAUUAAAUGAAAAAUAUUUUGCCGAUUUGAGAAACAGUAUAGUGAAUAGCCAGCCUCCAGAGACACAGCAAGCUAUGCACCUCUGCUUCGAAAAUCUCAUGGAAGGUAUUGAACGCAACUUAUUGACGAAAAACAGAGACAGAUUUACACAGAACCUCUCAGUAUUUCGAAGAGAAGUGAAUGACUCAAUGAAGAACUUAACAUGUGGUGUAAACAGUAAUGAUAUGAUGAGCUGACACCAUCUAGAAUCUUCCUGUGAUCAACAAAAGCAAACACUUCUUUGGCCAAGUUGGGGGUUCAGACUUCAGACAGAGGAGCAGAAAGAUGGAGUGUGAGACUGAAAUGUGGGGUAUGGAUUUUACAAUCUUGGUCCCCUUCCCCCAGGGCCAAAAGUAACAAGGUCACUGUGACCUUGUUUUACCCAUGGGGAUGAGGGUGGUCAGAGCUGAGACAGGCAGGGGUCUCCGUUCCCCUUCGCAUUUGGGGCUACAGAAAUGACAAAUCUCUUCCCCUUCCAGAAUAUCCAGGCAAGAACCUCAGCGCCCUGCCACCGCCUGCCUUGUAAAAAAUAUGUAAAUUUUUUCAUAACAUUUUGAACAAUGUUUAUAUUCAGUUAAAUAAAAGAUGUGUGAUUGAAAUUUUA